UUCAAAACCACAUUUUCCAUUCCUACUUUUCUUCACACGCAUCUCCUCUCUACACCUUCCUAGCUAGCUCCUCCCUUAAUUUCACACAAACAUUUCAUUUACACAACUAUAAUGGAGAAUUAUCAACCUAUGUUCCCAUCAUCAUCAUCGUCUCAGUUUUCAUUAAAGAAUAACAACAACACUCAUGCAAAAGAUGAAUUAUUAUUCCAAGGCAAGAAAAGUACAAAUAAUGGUUUUUUGGGUCUAAUGGCAAGCAUGGAAACUCCAAGCUCCGACAUGAACAGUGGUGUUACUAAUGGUUUUGCUAACUCUAUGGAACAAAACGAAGUUAAAUCGUGUAAGAAAAAGGGUGAAAAGAAGAUUAAAAAACCAAGGUAUGCUUUUCAAACAAGGAGUCAAGUGGAUAUUCUUGAUGAUGGUUAUAGAUGGAGGAAAUAUGGACAGAAGGCUGUCAAGAACAACAAAUUCCCAAGGAGCUACUACCGAUGCACGCAUCAAGGAUGUAACGUGAAGAAACAAGUACAAAGGUUGUCCAAAGAUGAAGGAGUAGUAGUAACUACUUAUGAAGGCGUGCAUUCACAUUCCAUUGAGAAAUCUACCGAUAAUUUUGAGCAUAUUUUGAGUCAGAUGCAAAUUUAUGCUUCCUUCUAAAUAUUUCUUUACCUUCAAUGCCUAAGGCAUAUAUCUAUACAUUAGUCACCUGUAAAAUAACACUGCAGUGUGCACAUGCGUUUUGAACAUAGAUGAAAUAAAACGCAACUUCAGUAGGGAGUUUAAUUUUAUCA